GUGUGUGUGGAUUGUUGGCAUAAUUCAGCACCCAAAUCUCAGAAUAAAAUGUUUGCAAUAUUCAAGAAAUCAGGCAUUUUCAUCACUGUGUGCUGGCAUGGCUUCCUACUCACCAUCUGUGACAUGGUUAUGAAAUACCCAAUUGCUUUGAUUAAGAAGCUGAUGGAGGUUUUCAGGAGCAAUAUCUUGUACAGGUAUGACAUAAAAUGUGCCUUUGAGAAGAUCCUGCUGUGCAGCACAAUUGGAGAUGAUGCCAAGAGGCUCAACGUGCAAGGAGUUGUUCCUGCAUUCCAUGGACAUGCCCACACUUGCCUCUGUCAGCUUCAACACCACUCCAAGUGCAAAGUCACUCUUGAUGAACACUUCUGUUUUGCUGAUAUGGACAGGUACACUGCAUUA